CUUGUUGUAUUGACGGAUCAGUAAAAUGGCUGCAGCAGCUUUAGUGGAUAAUUCUUCAGGUAAAGACGCCGUCGCUGAGGGGCUGUUGGAUCUCCUGAAACCCGCCGUCCAGCAGCUGGACUUGCACGUACACUCAGUCAGAGAAAGCCAGGUAGAAUUAAGAGAACACAUAGACAGUCUAGCCACAGAGUUAUGCAGGAUAAAUGAACAUCAGAAGGUGGCUCUAGACCUGGACCCUUAUGUAAAGAAGCUUCUGAAUGCAAGACGUAGAGUAGUACUGGUAAACAACAUACUGCAGAAUGCACAGGAACGUCUGAGACGGCUCAACCACAAUGUGGCCAAAGAAACGGCACGACGUAAAACCAUGCUGGAAUCUUCAGGAGUGUUCACAUCCCGCUCUCCUAGUAAACCCUGAUCAUGCUACUGUUGUUUUGCCUACCAACCACUGCGAACAUGAUUAGGAGGAACCAUUCUUGUCUAUUGACAUAUUGAGAUCCUGUACUGCUUCUGUUGUUGUAGUAUAAUCUUGGCUAAUCGUUGCUAGGCAUUUUGCAGCAGCAAAUGUUUUAAUGUCUAGUGGAAUCAUAAAAUUGAAGUUUUUUUCUGAUAAAGUAAAUCACAUUUGUUUAAGAAUCCGGUUACAUCAUUGUACAAAUUAGUGAAAAAUUUGUCACUGAAGCUGAAGAACAGUUAAUCAUACUUGCUACAGGGAACUCUCCUAUUACACCAUCCUAUAAACUCUCUUCUUCUAUGAGUUGGUUGUUACCAAGCAUUAAGGAGGGUAGUUCUCUGUGAGGUGAUUUCGGAGGCAUAAAAAAGUGUAGGUGACUCUUAUCUUUCGUUUCAUUUAUUUAUCAUGACAGCAAAUCACCACAGCGUAUAAUGUCAUUAGGUUAGUUGUUGUGUAUCACAAGUCUAUGUUACCAAUGUGAUAAUUUCUACUUUAUGUAAGGUUUUCUGUUUUAGUGUCUAGAGAAUAGGGGUGCAUAUAAUUUAGAUAUUCAUACCUUUUAUGAAUUUUUGAAUUGAAUGAAUGAAUUGAUUGAAAUAAUUUUUUUGUAUGUGUGUGCCACGUUUCCAUUUAACACAAUUAUGUUUUGUACAAUACUCUGCCAAUGGUAGUUAUUAAAAUAAAGCUGUUGGGAUAUUAAUUGCACCAAUGAAGCCAAUUCUAGAAAAAAAAUGUUUUUUUUUUCAUUUAUUUAGAUUUGUUGCAACUAAACCUAGUAUUAAAGAUAUAAUUUAGAAGAAAAAGUUAUACUGCUGGUAAUACUGUGAUUCUACGUAGAGGCAUUGCUUGUCACUUCCAGUAUUCCUGAGAUUGACCCACAUGAAUUCAUUCUCUGAAUCCUCCUAAAUAGCAAAAUUAUACAAAUAUUUCACAGUUUGUUAUUUUUGCACAUUUGAAUGGAGCCCCUGCCGGUGUUAUGUUUGAUUAUUGAGAAGCAGAGUGUGCUUUUAUCUGAGAUUAAUAAACUAAACCUGACCUGUG